AUGGAAGAUACGGAACGUUCAGGCUCCGCGUCUGAGGAAACGCACCAUUAUGUCUCGCACACGUCGCUCUCCAGCCCUGACGCGUAUGCAGCAAACCCACGGUUUAGACAGUUACAGGAAGAACUUCGAUAUGUGCUAUUCACAGCCGUGGCGAGUCAUGGUCCUAGCAGAUGUCCGUCUCCUACAAGAACAGGCUCUGAGUUGGUUGAGACAGCCGCAUCAAAGUUCUGGAAACAAAGCCUCGACUCGGCACAGGUGCCGAUACCCAAAGCCAGAUUGAUCUAUUAUUUGAAGAAUUGGAUUACUGAAUGUGCACCUCAUCUCGACAAAUUCGACGAGAACAGCCAUUUCGGCGUUCAAAUCCCGAUUCUUGCGCAAAAUUCGCCUUCGUUACUGUAUGCCAUUCUAGCCUUUUCAGCACGCCAGUCCGAGCGCAAGGCGUGCUUCAAGAACAGUCGCGAUAGCCUAGAACUUUACCAAGAAUCGAUUCGGCUGUUGACCCCCUAUCUGCAGACCAGAGACCCGAAUGUGCUUAUGACAGCUUGUAUCCUGGCGUGUAUGGAGCUAAUGUCCGUCAGCGCCCGCGGCUGGCGACGCCAUGUCGAGGGAUGUGCGGCUCUAUUCGACUCAUAUAUGAUUAACGGAUUUUCUGGGGGUCAUCUACAGGCAGUCUUCUGGUGUUAUGCACGUAUGGAACUGUGCGGUGUAAUCAUCUCUGACGGGACGGAAAGCACGGUGCUUCCUCUUGAUAAAUGGGUCCCUCAGGAGGCCACUGUCGGGGUUUCUCCCGAUAAGAAAGAGGAUCAAAUUCGAGAUCUAUUCUAUGCAAAAGGCUCGUCUACGCCGGAUAUGCACGCUAACUGGGCCGUUUAUCUCUGCACCAAGACAUGCAAUCUCACCUGCCGGCGAUCGAGGUCCGUGGAGCUCGGCGAAGUGGACCAAGAUGACCCGAGGCCAUUUUCCGAGCAAUGGGUGCGGCUCUGGGAGGAACUACAAUUCUGGCGAGAACAUCGUCAUCCAGCCAUGCUACCAGUCAAGGCUACAUCAAUGGACGAUGAGCAAACUUUUCCCAAUAUUCUCUUCGCGCACUGGGCGGCUAUCUCGGGCAAUCAGCUGUACCAUACUGCAUGUAUCAUGAUGCUGGAAAUGAAACCUCUGAACAUACCAUUAUCGUCAUCUAGUCCGUACUGCUCCGCUAUCUGGCACGCCAGGCGGGUAUGCGGGAUAUCAUUGACGAACCCGCAUAGUGGGAGCCUCAUUAACGCCAUCCAGCCGUUGUAUAUUGCUGGAAAACUCCUGACGCACUGGGAUGAGCAUCUUGAAGUCGCUCGGUUGUUUAGAACGAUCGAGUCUACGACCGGAUGGGGUGCUUUGUGGCGAUUGCGAGAUCUUGAGCAGGCUUGGGGUUACGAGGCUAAUGAAAUCUUGUCUGCUAUUUGA